GUUUUCUAGUAAUUUCCUGCCGAUUAUGUCCACUUGGUGGCAGCGGCUCGGUCAGUGAUGAAGACGUCACUGCGCAUGUCUAAAGAAACAUGGCGGCAUCCUACGUUACAGCAGUGAGGACAUUGCUGAAAGGUGUCCACAUUGCUUCUGGGUGGUUUCAAAGUAAACAAACCACGGCUUUGAGUCAGUGUUGGCGGCUUCAGGCUGCUCAGUGUCGGCCGCUGUCGGUCUCUGCUGCCUCCCUGUGCAGCUCCAGGACGGAGCCACAGAGGGGCAGCUCCACAGACCACAGCAGAGACCAGGAGGAGGCGGCGGGGCCGGAGUACAUCCCCCAGAGGAAGGCGAAGAACCCCAUGUUGCCGAUUGGCUACGCCUGGAUGAUAGGCCUUCCAAGUGGUAUCAUCAUCUUUAUCCUGGCAAAGAGACAAGUGGACAAGAACCGACUGAAGCAGCUUAAGAUUCGAGAGAGGAUGAGAAGGUCCAACGACGGGGAAUAUGAGAGCAGUCGCUUUCGUACUCGCACAGGGAGUUAAACUGGAGCAGCAAUGCCAAGUUUGGCUGUAGAGAUUCACAGCACGUUAUGGAUGUUACAACUGAGGCAAUUCCUUCAUACCUAAGACAGUCAAACAUAUGAGCUCGCCUUUACCACAUCAGAAAGCUUUGAAGCCCUUGAAUCCAGCGAAUAUUUUUUUCUACUUGCAGAUGCAAGUCAUCAGAAGUCAGAGACUUUUUUCUUUCUUUUGCAAAAGAUAUAUUUGUUUUAGUUUUCAUUUAAUGAACAAAGAUGGCUCAGGAGCUGUAGCUUAUUAAAGCGGCGGAAUGAUCUUAUUAUUCUAUUAGAUAAGGUGAGCAUAAAUAAAAAUGUAAACUUG